UUAAAAAGCUCUGGUGAGACUGCUUGAGAUAGUAGAUUCCAAACCAGAAGACUUUCAAUGGCGGAAUUCAACUUUGCAAGCGCAAGAGAGAUUCAUCACUUCUUCCAUUCUCAUAUCCUGGAGCUCACUACAUUCCGAGGGCAAGGGGCAAUUGAGAACUACUGUAGAGGAUGCAUGAGACCCAUUGGGGAAGGUUUGGCCUACCAUUGUCAGCCCUGCAAUUUUCUCCUUCACUUGACCUGCUCACAAAUCCCUCAGCAAAUCACUCAUCCAGCUUGUGGUCACGUUCUUCAUCUGCUGUCUCAGCCGUGGAAUUAUGCACCCUCAGCUUGCAGAUGCAACGCAUGUUGGCAACCCAUUACCCAUGGCUUCUCCUUCCACUGCUCUAUUUGCUGGCUAGAUCUGCAUCCUUCGUGUGCAAAUCUGCCCAGGGAAAUCAAUCAUCCACAUCAUCAAAGACAUAAUUUGUUUCUCUUAUUCAUUCCACCCUAUCAAAAUAGACUUUUUACCUGUAAUGUCUGCCACGGAGUUGGAGGUUCGUGGCACUAUCACUGUUCUGAGUGCAACUAUGAUUCGCAUGUGAACUGCACACAAAUACCUUCCAUCAGGGAAUCUCUGCUGAAUGAAGCUUCUGAAGCUGUAAGCCGGGCAUAUGUUAAUAAUGGUGGAGGGCAUAUGGGCCGGUAUAUGUCUACAAGAUCAGGCCCCAGUCAUAUGGAGAGAGGUUUCUGGGAGCAGCAGCAACGUCCGCCACUCCAAGACCCAUAUAUUAAUUAUGGAGGGCAUAUGGCCGGGUAUAUGUCUACAAGAUCAGGCCCCGGUCAUUUGGAGAGAGGUUUCUGGGAACAUCAGCAACGUCCGCCAUUCCAAGACCCAUAUAAUAACACGAGGGGUAAUAUGUUUGUGAGGCCAGUGAUCGGAACCAUUAUGCAUACAGUGCUGGGGAGUAUUUUACAAGCUUUUAUGAAUCCAGGUGGAGGAGGAAACGGAUGGGGACUCGAUAGUUUUGGGGAUUUGUCUGAUAUUAUUGGAUCUCUGUUUGGAUAUGGAUUCUAUUAAAUCAAGUUAUGAGUGUGGUAUGUAUACAUUGUCUUGCGAUUGGAAAAAAUGUCUGUACUCCAUUUAGGUAUAUGAUAGUUAGUAUUAU